UAUCAGUUUGCUCUCUGUAUUUAUAGAAAUACAAUCUCUACUGCCUGGAUUCUCUGCAAAGCUGAAUUGGACUUCAGAAGAAGCCAGCUAUUCUCAGGACAUAUCAGGGGUAAUACCCUUCCAGGUGAUUUUUGAGGUUGAUGAAAAGCCCAGAACUUUGAUGACAGAUAGUUUGGUGAUAAAGAACUUUUUACGUAAAAUCAUCAUGGUACACCCUAAGAUUAGAUUUAAUUUCAGUGUAAAGGUGAAUGGGAUCCUUUCCUUGGAAAUCUUUGGGACAAAGAAUGAACCCACUUUGAACCUGUCGAAUGGAAUUGCUCUUGUUAUAAACUAUCAGCAUUAUGUGAGUAAACCAAAAUUUGGUGCAGCUGAAGUACUCUGCACCCGAAUUCAUCCUGUGCUAGGACAUCCAGUAAUGCUUUUCAUCCCUGAUGACGUGGCUGGCAUGGGCUUGUUGGGAGAACUGAUACUGACUCCAGCUGCUGCUCUGUGUCCCUGCCCAAAGGUCUUUUCCAACCAGCUGAAUAGCAUUUCUUCAGUUUCCAUAUUUCUAUAUGGACCUUCAGGCCUGCCUCUGAUAUUGCCAAGUCAGGAGCAGCCAACUACUACUGUCUUCGGAGAUACCUCUUUCUUCAUUGACUGGAAGAAAUACCACUUGUGUAUGGUGCCCAAUUUGGACCUCAGUUUGGAUAGAGGACAGAACCAGGAUCCACAUGAAGAUUUGGUGCUUCCAGAUGUGAGUUAUCAGGUGGAAUCCAGUGAGGGGAAUCAGUCUCAGAAUAUGGACUCCCAGGGACAAACUCUGCUGCUUUUUCUCUUUGUGGAUUUCCACAGCGGAUUUCCAGUCCAGCGAACAGAACUCUGGAGAGCCCACACUUUGCUCACUGUUCAUCUCAGUGCCAUCCUCACGGAGAGCCACAGUGUAGUGCAAGAUUCCAUCCAGGUCACCGUGGACCAGGCCUUGGAACAGUAUCACCAGGCUGCCAAGGAUCAUCAGAAAUUGCAGGCCUCACUCUCAGUGGCAGUGAAUUCCAUCAUGAGUAUCGUGACUGGAAGCACCAGCAGUAGCUUCCGAAAGAUCUGCUUCCAGGCUCUUCGAGCAGCUGACACUCAAGAGUUUGGGACUAAACUGCAUACAUCAUUUCAUGAGAUCGUCCAGCACCGAUUUCUUCCCCACUGCUCACGUGAGGUGAAACAGCAGCUCCUCCCAGAAAAAAAUGCAGAGCAGAGCACAGAGGAUGCACAUGAGAACAGCAGUCCAGAGCUCCCUGCAGGAACCAGAGAGCAAGUGGAAAACAAGAGGCUCAAGAGAGACGGUCUCCGGCGGGGCAAGGAGGAGACGCAGGCUUUCCACUCUGCCAGGGCCCCGAGCCAAUCAGAGGCCGCCGCACGCUGCACAGAACCUACAGGGGGCUCCCCGACCCCUAGCCGGAGCAGCGCGAGCCCCCGGGACGGCCUGGAGGACUCGCUGUGGCUGCAGGAGGUCUCCAAUCUAUCCGAGUGGCUGAAUCCUGGCCCUGAGCCCUAAACUACGCGUGCCCUCCCCACGCGUCCACUGCUUCCCGCAGCUGCUGCGGCCGCGUGCUGUCUGUUGUUCAAUAAACCUGCUCCUCUCGCGCA